UGUGCUGUCGGGCUGGCCCCACCCCAGGUGCAGCUACAAAGAGGCAGACGCACCCUCACUCCGGCCCAUCCCUCCCGGAGGACGACAGGCCGCUGACCGACAGGUGCCCGCGCUUCGUCUCCAGGGAGAGCCCAGCGGCGAGAUGCACACGCAGAGCCUCCACCGCCUGCCGCCCGUGGCCCUGCGCCUGCCGCCCGGGGCGCCCCAGCCCCCCGAGGCCCGAGGCCCCCGAGGCCAGCGGCGCCACACGCUCCCCGCCAGCGAGUUCCGCUGCCUCACGCCCCAGGACGCGGCCGGCAUGUUCGAGAUCGAGCGGGAGGCCUUCAUCUCGGUGUCGGGCGAGUGUCCACUGUACCUGGACGAGCUCCGGCACUUCCUGACCCUGUGCCCGGAGCUGUCCCUGGGCUGGUUCCUGGAGGGCCGCCUGGUGGCCUUCAUCAUCGGCUCGCUGUGGGACGAGGACAGGCUCACCCAGGAGUCGCUGCAGCUGCACCGGCCCCGUGGCCACACGGCCCACCUGCACGUGCUGGCCGUGCACCGCGCCUUCCGCCAGCAGGGCCGCGGCUCGCUGCUGCUCUGGCGCUACCUGUGCCACCUGGGCGGCCAGCCGGCCGUGCGCCGCGCCGCGCUCAUGUGCGAGGCCCCGCUGGUGCCCUUCUAUGCGCGCUUCGGCUUCCUCCCCGUGGGCCCCUGCGCCGUGACCGUGGGCCCGCUGGCCUUCACCGAGCUGCAGUGCCCGCUGCAGGGCCAGGCCUGCCUGCGGCGGUACAGCUGCUGAGCGGGCGGGGGCGGCGGGCUCUCUCCUGCCUCCAGCGCCCUGCCCUGGCCUCCCCAGCUCCACCGGGGCUCCCAGGUGUGGGGGGGGGGUGAUGGAAAUAGAGAAAGGCCACGUCCAGCCAGUGUGGCUCAGUGGUUGAGCCUACGUAUGAACCAGGUCACUGUUCUAUUGCCGGUCAGGCUGUGGGCUCAGAUCCCGUGUGGGGUGUGCAGGAGGCAGCCAAUCAAUGAUUCUCUCCCUCUCUGAAAUCCAUCUAUAAUAAUAAAAGGAUA